CGUCCUCUUCCUUCAUCACUCUCUCUCUCUCUCUCUCUUUCUCUACGCAGAACCGCCACUACAAUGCUCAUCUCCUCCUCACUCUCUCCGCAAAACCUCCUCUUCAACACCGCCGCCGCCUCCACCUCCACCGGCAACCUCCUCCUCUUCUGCUUCCUCACCUCCUCGGCUCACAAACCCCACACCACCUGCAAAUGCAACUCUCUCUCCCCGGGCUCUCCCUCCCCCAAGCCCCUCUCCCUCGCCCGCUCCGCCUCCGACUCCCUCCGCCACGUGGCCCACGGCGCCCCUCCUCCCGGCGACGCGGAUCGGCCGCUCUUGCCUUCCGCCUCCGCCGUCGCGUCCGCCAUCCGCAGGGCCUCGAACUCGCCCGUGGAGUUCGCGCAGAGGGUCGAGCGGGACCAGAGAGGCGGCCUGGUGCUCCCCAGCCCUGAUUUCCAGCGACUCUGCCUCGAGCAGCUCGACCUCUUCCGCCGAAUCGUCCAUUCCGAUGCUCUUCUCUCGGUUUAUGUGAGGCCGGCUGGUAGUUAUGUGAUGGACCGUCUAGAGCUGCGCCGUGUCACUUCUUAUCCGGUAUCCGAGGUGAAUGCGUCUGACAUUGUUAUUUUGGUUGGCAAUUUCAACGUUCCGACUGGAUUGCGUGCCGCGGAAGCUGCACUUUCUAACCAACAAGUUGAAGAUAUACCGGAGUGUAGGGCCGUGGUAUUUCCGAUGGUGAAGCACCCUUUUGUGGUUGGGUUCUUGGUUGCUGAGUUUCCUAUGGCGGAAGAGCACAGCACAUUGUAUUCGCCAUCUCCAGAGGAAGUGUAUGAAUUGCCGCCUUCGGGACUUGACUUAAAAAUGAGGGAUAUUCCAAGUGUAAAGGAUAUAAAACUUGGAAUGUGCCAGUUGAGUCCUGAGCAGAGAUCAAUCGCAGCCAACAUCUCCCGUUCUAUUGCAAUGGCCUACGUCAUGGAUCAGAAAGCAAUGUUGCUCCAGCAAUCUUCCUGGCAAAAUAAUGUUCGGAUGAGCAACCUAGUGGAGCAGAUUCGCGGUCCUCUAUCGAGCCUUCGAACUUUGACUAAAAUGUUGUCUCUGCACAUGAAACGAAGUGAGAUUGCCUAUGACAUUGUUGAGGACAUCUUGGUGCAAGGUGAUCGAAUGCGAGAUACUCUUCAACAACUUCAGGAUGCAGUAUACCUUACAAAGGCUAAUAUAUUGCGGUAUAAUGAAGAAACGUUAAAGAAAAUGCAUAAUUCAACCUAUGCCCGUCCGGAUUCUGGAAGGUCUCAAUUGACAGAUAAUAUUCAAUGCGAAUUCUCAAAAGCAGAUCGUUUUUCUCAGAAUUCUGCUCUGAAAGAUCUAGAGUUGCCUAUGCCACCUCUGGCUCUUGCACCUCUUGGACAACAUGGAAUCAGACCGUGCAAUGUUUCUGAUGUGCUCUCGGACCUUGUUGGUGCCAUAAUACCUCUUGCUCGUGAGCAGCAGCGAGCGGUAGAACUAACUGAACUUUCACAAUCCUUGCAAGUUGCCAUAGAAGAACCUGCUUUCCGCCAGGCUCUGAGCAACUUGAUUGAGGGUGCAUUGUUGCGUACGCAUGUUGGGGGAAAAGUUGAAAUAGUGUUAACAGGAGCACCGGCAGGUGGUGCUCUCCUGGUAAUUGAUGAUGACGGGCCUGAUAUGCAUUACAUGACACAGAUGCACUCACUGACACCAUUUGGACCAGAUCUUCUCUCCAAAGAUAUGGUUGAAGAUAACAUGACAUGGAACUUUGUAGCAGGGCUCACAGUUGCUCGUGAGAUACUUGAGAGCUACGGUUGUGUGGUCCGUGUGAUAUCACCACGGACCCCCAAUACUGCCUUUGCUGCUGGUGGAACUCGCAUCGAGCUAUGGCUUCCAUCUUUUGCCUCUGUAUCCCAUCCAGAUACCCCUGGAGGGGAAGUUUAGCAAGAAUGAAUGGUCUCCAUGGUGGAAAUCUCCUUCCCCCUCAAUAUUAGGAACUGAUAUGGUGGGUUUUGCCUUUCAACCACUUCCCGCUUCUGAAAUAUGCCGGAGGUCCUGUACAGAGGGUUUAGUCUUGUUCUGAUAUAGGCAUUGGCGAACUUGCAAAAUAAACGUGCUAUGUAGGAGAUUCGCAGCUUACCUGUUGAUCGGAAACUGGCAAUUGUAGAGCACAUAUGGUAGAUAGCAACAUGAAAAUCAAAGAAGGUAAUAUAUUAUACAAGUUUAUGUCUGUACCAGUUCUGCGAGACUAGAUCAUCGAAAUUGCUCUGCCCCCAUUGUUAACUAGUGAGGUGGUCCAGCUUGGUUGUUGGUUGUCAUCCUGUGAGAUCUACUAGGUUAAAGGAGGGCAGGCUGUGGUAUUGGCUUCUAAAUUGAUUCUCCAUCUCGCCACCUUUUUGUGACAUAGUGACACAAUAAUGAAAUGUUAGCAUUCAUGCCUCUAAUGUC